UGGCUAGUUUGAGUGGAAUGACCACCAGUUAGAACUGGCUGCGGAUAGGUGCUGUAGUAAUAAUAAUUUUAUAAGUAACACAUUACACUUGAAAAUUAUUGUUUGUUAUUUUUAUACGGAGAAUAAAAUGCGAUUUGUUUAUUGAAAAAAAAAAUUUAUUUGUUGACAAACAAGGCACAUGAUAAAGAAAGCAUUUGAUUGGUCAAUUUACACACACCCCCUAAUCUGUGUACGGUAAGCCGGUAUAAUAUAAUUUUUCAGUAUCCAUAGUUUAAAUUGCUUCAUACAUAUAGUAACUAUAUACUUUCCUAAAGCGAAUAUUUUGCAUUUUUUACAUUACUGUAAGCAAGACUAAACCAAAUAUCAAAUAAAACUACGUUCUCGUUAAUCACAGUAUUUAGUUUCUCGUUGGUUAAUUGGUAUACCGUAGUAUCAAAAACAGGUGUGAAGGUCACUGUAGUUUCACGCUAGAGACAGUGAAGAAUUUUUAACAAAAAGUAAAGGAGUUUGGGAAAAAAAAGGUGUGACUGAAUAUGAGCACAGGACAUAAGCGAACCUCUGGAUCAGGAAGAUUGCUGACUGGGGUUGGAAGUGGACAGGCAAAGACACUGAAAGAAUCCCCUCCCAAUAAAAAAGCAAGAAAUUCAAAACAUGGAGAAUCCUCCGUGAAUGCAGAAAUAAGCUCCAGUAGUAGUCCUGUAAAACCAGAAACAUUGAUAGACAUUUUCUGUGACCCAGAAAACCCUAAGAAAGUCCAGUUCCAAGAUGUUAGUGCUGCUGCUUACAAAAUUAAAACUGGAAUUUUUCACACACCAUGUUCUAAAUCCAGACUGUCAGAUCAACUGGGAAUGGACAUAUAUUUUAAAAAAGAAUUCCUACAAUUUACUGGAAGUUUCAAAGAAAGGGGUGCUAGAUAUGCCUUGUUAUCUUUAACACCAGAACAAAAGAAAGUUGGUGUGAUAGCAGCCAGUGCAGGGAACCAUGCCUUAGCUUUAUGUUACCACGGAGUUGACCUCGGCAUCCCAGUAACAGUUGUUAUGCCAAAAAUAGCUCCAUUGAUGAAAGUUCAAAAUUGUAGAACCUAUGGUGCUGAAGUCAUUAUACAUGGCAAAAGUAUAUUUGAGUCAAGAGAGUUUGCAAUGAAGAUGGGAAAAGAAAAUGGGAAGAUGUAUAUAAAUGGGUAUGACCAUCCACAUAUUAUAGCAGGACAGGGAACUAUGGGAUUGGAAAUAUUAGAACAAGUACCAGAUUUAGAUGCCUGUAUUAUACCUGUUGGUGGUGGUGGGCUGCUGGCAGGGACAGCCUUAGCUAUAAAAAAUUUAAAACCAGAUGUCCAAGUUAUUGGAGUAGAGUCUGAGAAUUGUCCAAGUUUUUCUGCAUCGCUGAAAGCUGGAAAGGCUGUUUAUACAGAGUCCUUAUCCACUUUGGCUGAUGGUCUUGCUGUGCCAGUAGUAGGAGUAAAUGCAUUAGAGACAGCUAAAGAUUUCACUGAUAAGAUGGUUGUAGUCAAGGAAGAGUCUAUAGCCUUAGCUAUACUUAGGCUUAUAGAAGUAGAGAAGUCAGUAAUAGAAGGAGCUGGUGCUGUUGGAUUAGCUGCUGUUAUAGAGGGCUUAUUACCAGAACUCAAAAAUAAAAAAGUUGUAAUAGCCCUUUGUGGAGGUAAUAUAGAUACGACAAUUCUAGGUCGUGCCAUAGAGAGAGGUUUAGCAGUGGAUGGUAGAUUAGUGAGAUUUGUUGUAACUGUUAGUGACAGACCUGGAGGCAUUGCUGAACUUGCCAAGUUACUGUCCCAUAAUGGUGCUAGCAUCAAAGAUAUGUUUCAUGAAAGGGCUUGGUUAAAAUCUGACGUUUUCUCUGUACAGGUUAAAGUUGUAGCUGAAACAAGGGAUCAAGAACAUGCAGAUGAAAUACACACAGUAUUAAAAGCUAAUUACAAGCAGGUGGCUUGGGGUCCAAGAUAUUUUUAGGUUUUGUUAGUUUUAAGUGCAAGUCAGGAAUAUCAAAUGACUGUAUCUGUUUUUAUGUUAUCAUCCAUUUUAAUGAAUUGUUGUUUGGUGUUUUAUUUCUUGAAAUUUUAGAAUUCUUUAUUACCAUAGAUCAUUAGUUUAUAUUUUACAUUUGUAUUGUUAGAUUGAUAUUAACCGCUUUUCAUUUAUGACCAGAAACUUUUUAGCUGGCUUUACUUAAAGUUGAGUGUUUAAACAAGUUUAAAGAUUUGUCAAUUUAAACUGUUUACAGAUGUUAUAUACUGUAAGCUGCACUGAACAUUCAUUAACAUUAUCUAUCUUAGUUAUAAAAUAGUGUUUUUUUUCACCGUUUAUGAUUAAUUCAGUAUUUUAAAAAUAAGUAGCUGUGUGUGAUUGUCAAUAUUCCAGCAUUGCUGUUUUAUCAGGAUCAGUACUUCACAGCACAACAUUACUGAUUUGCAAAACUAGAAGUUUACCAGUCUAGUAAUAAAUGUAGUAGUUACACAGUUUUAUUCUAUUUCUCUUGGUAAAUUAUUUUCUCCCUUUUUUUCAAACUUUUAUUGAAAUUAUCCAUGACAGAUCAAUCACAAUGAUCCUUGGUUGAAUUGAUAAAAAUAUAUAAUAUAUUAUCAUAUGGAUUUAAUUUGACACCGUAUGAAAGUUGGAUCUGUAGAAAAUAUUUGUUUUGGUUAAAAAAUACAGUAAUUUUUUUCAGAGCAAAAAAGACUAUAUGAAUGAAUACCUGAUUUUUAAUAAAAUCUUGCAUUCAUUCAACUGGUAGAAAAUGCAUUGAUAAAGUUUUAUACAAGUAGAGGGUAUCCAUUUACUUCAAUGCAAAGCUUGGAAUGUACUAAACUUUUAUUUUGUGUAGAAAGUGUACAUAAAUUACCAUAGUGUAUAUUAGACUAUUUAGUGUAUGAAACUUUAGUCCAAAGUUUGCCAAACAGUAGCAUAGUAAUCUUUGAAAUGUUAGAAGCAAAAUGAAAAAUUACUCAACAGUAAUUAUUGUUUGGAAAAUUAGAUUUAUUGACAACAAAGAACCCACUUUGUCUUAAUUAUGAUUUUAUUGAUACUACAAUGCUAAGAGGCCAUAAGAAGAAAACUACAUGUAAAUUUUUGAUAUGAUGUUUCUAAUACCAUUGGUUUUGUUGAGGUCACUCAAUCUUUAGUUUUCUGUGUGGUGUUUUGUUAUUAAUACAAACAGACUGAUUUUAUUUGAUCUUUUUGCUUUUGGUAAUGGUGUCAUCUGUUUUUAAUGGACUUAUCAGAAGUGUAUCUUUUUUUUUUGGGAGAGGGGGGGGGGGCUUGGAUGGGGCUUUAAUGAUAAAUGCAUAGAAUUUUUCCAAGUGUAACUCCAAACGUUGGCUUGACAGGGGCCCCCUUUUGUUUUAUUGAAAUCCUGGAUCCACACAUGCUUAUGGUCUUUGCUUGCCCCCUUGGUGUCUUCCCUCUUUUUUCUAAUGAACUCUUUUAAGUUGUCAUAAAAAGUAUACAAAAUUUUGUUCUUACCUGAAACUAUACUGGUGAGAAAGUUCAACCAAAGGUUUCAACUUUCUGGAUAUAAAAAAAUGUUUACAAAUGUUUUUAUGACUAGUCUCCUGACCCUGAGGUCAAAUCUAUGUAUACCGUAAAGAAAAUUUACAUUUGAAAAAUACUUUGGUUUUAAGGUACUAGUUUAUUCUACAAAUUGAAAAAAUCUGCAUGUAUUCCUCUAGUGCAGUAUUUUUAUGCCCCCGCCGUAGCGGAAGGGGCAUUAAGUUUUACCCUUGUUCGUCUGUAUGCCGUCCGUAUGUCCCAAAAUUGGUUUCCGUUCUCUAACUUUAGUUUGCCUCAACCAAAUGUUGUGAAACUUAUACACAAUGCUUAUUACCACAAAACACAGAUCAAGUUUGAAUUUUGGUGGCGUCACUUUAUCCGUUCUAGAGUUAUGCCCCUUUACAAAUGGAAAAUUUUCCAUUCUCUAACUUUAGUUUGCCUCAAUCAAAUGUUAUGAAACUUAUACACAAAGCUUAUUACCUUAAAACACAGACCAAGUUUGAAUUUUGGUUGCAUCACUUUUACUGUUCUAGAGUUGUGCCCCUCUACAAAUGGAAAAAUUGCUGAAUUUUUCGUUUACGUUCUCUAAUUUUAGUUUGCCUCAACCAAAUGUUGUGAAACUUAUGCACAAUGCUAAUUAUCACAAAACACAGAUCAAGUUCGAAUUUUCGUGGCGUCACUUUUACCGUUCUAUAGUUAUGCCCCUUUACAAAUGGAAAAAUUGCUGAAUUUUUCGUUUCCGUUCUUUAACUUGAGUUUGCCUCAACUAAAUGUUAUGAAACGUAUACACAAUGCUUAUUACCACAAAACUCAGAUCAAGUACAAAUUUGGGAAGCUUCACUUUUACUGUUCUUGAGUUAUGUUCCUUUAUAACGUUAUAUGCAAGCGGGGGCAUCAUCUGUGUCCCAAGGACACAUUCCCCAUUUAUUUAUUUAUACGAUAAUCAUAUUUGCAAAACAAAGCCAACUGCUGCAGUCUAAUUGUUGACUUAAUCAUCAAUGUCAGGGUUAAAUAAUGGUCUCAACAAUGGUUUGUUUAUAUUUCAUUCGGUGAGGAAUGUAUUCAAAUUGUCUUUUAUGUAUAUAAUUAAGUUUUGUUAAAAUCUGAUGUAAGACAAUAUUCCUGUAGCAUACCAACAUAAAGGGCCAGUAUUUAUUUGUGUUGAACAAAUUUUUGAAUGUCUCAGCUACCACAAUUUAUAUAUACUUGUGUGUUUUACAUAUGAAUUUAUGUCAUUUUGCUAUAUAUUUUUUUAAGAAUCUUCAGUUUAUUACCAACCACUUGUAUUUAAUGGACUGUUUUAUUUUAUUUAUUUUUAAUUGUUUAAUUUUGUUUUGUGCAGUUAUAUUAACCAUUCAUAUUUGUGAAAACAUUUUUACUUAUACAUAUUUUUUUUUAUAUAGUGAUGAAACAACAGCCUCAAUACUCAUUGGAACUUUGAAUUGAAUGAAGGAUAUUCAGUAUUCUUUUUUGGAAACAUUGCAAAAUAGACACUGACCUAUAUAUUUAUGAGUUAUAAAAUUGAUUUGCAACUGAAAAAACAAUACUCAUUACAAAU